AUCGAAAUUCCAAUCGUAAAUUCGUAAAUUUUUAGUUGCGACUUGAAUUAGAUGACCAUUUUCGACUUUGAACGAUUUCCCGAGUAACCAACCCUUCCGAGGAACGCACGUUCGACCUCGACCCGCACUACCAAUGGCGAGCGCAAAUUGCUGGAGGUGCCUAGCACGGCCCUCGCAGCGCCUGCUUGUGCCCGCAUCCCUGAUACCACCCUCCUCCUCAGCAGCAGCGACAGCGGCAUUCACGACUUCGGCUGUGCAAAGGGGAAUAGCAAGCCCCGCAGCUCAGAAAAAUCCAGAGGCGGGAAUGUCACGGCAUAUUCGCGCAGGAAAACAGUUAACACUAGGAGGAAAGAAACGUCAACCAGACAAGACCAAGCCUCCUGGCCCAGGAGAACGAAAAGCUUUCCGGAAGCGCAUCCAGCUCACCAACGACAAUGCCCUGGAAGUACCGGGCCUGGAACCUAUAGCACCCGAGAAAGUGGUGGAUGCUGCUUCGGUCGGCCAGAUAGUUGGCCUCUCGCCAGACCUAAUAGAUCAAUUGAGAGCUAGUGAGGCCUUCAAGCCCACGCAAACUUGGAAUCUAUUUCGAUCGCCGCAUACGUUGAUCAGACAAGAGACAGUGGAUCUUAUGAAGCAACUCUCGAGUUCUAUCAGCAAAAAGGAGACGUUAAGACUGGUCGUUACGGGCCACAGAUCGACAGGGAAGAGUUUACUUGGCCUUCAGGCUCUGGCCACUGGGUUUAUGAAUAACUGGGUCGUCAUUAAUAUCCCAGAGGGUCAAGAACUAACUACGGGGGCAACGGAAUACUCCCCAAUAGCAAACUCCGAGAUGUAUGCUCAGCCUGUAUACAUCGUCAAGCUAUUCCAGGCCAUCUCCAAGGCCAACCACGCGGUAUUAUCUCAAUGUAAGGUUGAGCUCGAUCACAUACAUCUCCCUAUUUCCGUGAACCGUGGCAUGAAUCUCGUCGCCCUACUUAACGCCACCAAGGAACCCGAGUUCGCCUGGCCCGUUUUCCUAGCCUUCUGGAAGGAAUUGCUGUUGCCCGGCCGGCCCCCAAUCCUGUUUAGUCUCGACGGCCUCAGCCACAUAAUGAGAAUAAGCGACUACCGGUCACCUGCCUACCAGCUUAUCCACAGCCACGAUCUCGCCUUAGUCCGCCUAUUCGUAGACGCGCUGGGCGGAAAGAUCCAGUUCCCCAACGGAGCGGCAAUCUUAGGCCUGUGCACCAAGGGCAACUCCCCCGUGAUCCCCUCGAUGGAGAAGGCCCUAGAACAAGCCGUGGCAGCCCAAAACGGCCAGCCGAUCCCUCCGCGGGACCCCUUCUACAGAAAGUACGACGAGCACGUGUUCGACGCGCUCAAGGGCGUCAAGACCCUCAACCUCGGCGGCGUGUCGAAACUCGAGGCGCGCUCGCUCCUCGAGUACUGGGCCGCGAGCGGGAUCCUGCGGAUGCGCGUUGACGAGAGGAACGUGAGUGAGAAGUGGACGCUCGCCGGCAACGGCAACCUCGGCGAGAUGGAGCGCGUUACCCUGUUUGAUGUAAGGUCGACUGUGUAAACUACGUAUCAAGCCUACCCACUCAAACCUGUUUGCUGUAUAAAACAGUCGGGAUAGAAGAAGCACGAGCUUUCAGAUGGAAGCGAUGUCGUGCGAUUGUAUAAAAAAGCAGAAGAAAUAUACAUAUUUCGUGAUAUGAGUGUGCUGCGCUAUUUGUCUGUGUUUACGUCGGAUUAAACACAUACGGAGAAAAUACUUGUAUUGCUCUUCUGUAAGAAACUGGAAAGAAAUGUCCAUCCAUG